GAAGAGGGCAAGGAUGACUGAGAAAACUUUUGUCGAGGAAAUAGAGAAAGCUCUGGAAAAGUCCAAAGGCCUUAGCAUCCAUGAGCUUCUCUUUACCUACCAGGGAAUUCUCUACCCGUCUUCUGUCUGCAGUGCAGAAACAUUCCAAGCUCUGGAGAACUUCGAAGCCAGAAAAGAUGAUGUGGUAUUGGUGUCUUAUCCCAAAUGUGGUAUUAAUUGGCUCAUUCUGAUUGUGAAUGAUCUGAUCGCUACCACUUUGAAAACCAAGCACGAGAACACAGAGCUUCCUUUCAUUGAGUGUGGGGAUCCAGAAAAGUAUCAGAGGAUGAAACAGUUCCCAUCUCCAAGGAUUGUGGCUACGCACCUCCACUACAACCUUCUUCCCAAGUCCAUCUUCAAAAAUAAAGCCAAGGUACUGCUGCUAUUUCGAAAUCCUAAAGAUGCGGCUGUAUCAUUUUUCCAUUUUCACAACAAUGCUCCAAGCAUUCCCAGUUAUAACUCCUGGGAGGAAUUUUUUUCACUUUUUAUGAAUGGGCAAGUUGCCUGGGGAUGCUAUUUUGACCAUGCAGUCGUGUGGAACAAACAUAUGGAUGAUGAAAAUGUUCUGGUUCUGACAUAUGAACAAUUAAAAGAGGACCUGGUUGCUGGAGUGAAGCAAAUAGCUGAAUUCUUUGGUUUUACGGCUACUGCGGAGCAAAUUCAGGCUAUUGCAAACAGGACUACCUUCCAAGCAGUGAGGGACAAAUCACAGGAGACACAUGGAGUGGCUGGCCCACUGCUCUUCCGGAAAGGUGUGGUUGGUGACUGGAAGAACACUUUUGAUGAAGCUCAGAGCCAGAAAGUGGAUGCUAAAUUCAAGGAGUGUUUAGAAGGAACGAAGCUGGGAGCAAAGCUGAAGUAUGAUGUGUACUGAAAAACCUGAAAAGAGCUUCUUAUGAAGUGCUUCGUUUUCAUGACAGUUUUGUUUGCUAUCAUAUAUUCAAGAAAAGCUACAAGCAGAGCACACAUUCCUUUGAGGCAAUUUUCAGAUAUUGUCAUACUUCUAAGAUACAUUUUCAUUAAGUUGGAUCUUUUCAUGCUGCUUAAUAGAACACAGGGCAAACUAUUUCUCCCAAACCGUAUCGGCAAGCUGCUACUAUUAUGUUUCUAAGAAG